AUGGCGGACGAUGUCAACGAGGAAUUGAGAACGCUAUGUAUCAAAUCAGUGUCGAUUUUUAUGGAAAAGGUAAUGAAAAUGAUCCCUCGAGUCAAGCUGAGGGAUUAUACCAUGCAGUGUAUUGGGUGUGUACCUAUGACGUAUCUGGGAAGUCAGGCUGAGUGUAUCCACGGUCUAAAUUCGGACACGGAUAUAAUGUACGAGUGUCAGACAGUGAAAGUUGUACAAAACCUCGAACAGACAAGAGAGAUGGCUACCUCACAGGAUGGGUAUGAUGCUGUGGUGAUGUUCGACUCGGACGGGACACACGAUGGGUACACAAAGAUAAAACUGUUCGACAUUCGACGGGAUCAAAAUUACGAAGAGGUGGACGUCUCGUCUUUAUGUGUAGACAGGUAUCUGUCUAAUAGUCUCGUGUCAGCAUUCUGGAAAGAGCGACUCGCAAGACGGGAUCUGUUUCCUUCACACGGAAUGAAAACAGGCCUAUAUCAACAUGGUCCAUGUAUUACCUUCAAGUACACUGGUAUGGAGAAUCGACUCGACACGGACAUUGAUUCGGUGUUUACUAUCCCGUGCAAUUGGCCUGAACAAGCAAGGGAAUGGUUUACAAGACAGAGAAACCAUGACUGGCCAAGCGAGAAACUUAGAAAUCAAAUCAAAUCCAUAGGAUGUCAUCUUGUUCCAGUAGGUCAUGCGUUAUCUCACCAAAGAGACAUGGAAUGGCGAAUUUCCUUUAACAAACCCGAACGAGAGCUGGUAUGGUCAUUCAGUGGCACACAGUUUGCAUGCGUAGAUUUCAUGAAAAUAUUCUUUCAUGUGAAAAUUAGUCCAAACUUUCCCGAUUUGUUUCCGUCAUACUUCAUAAAAACCGUCAUGUUUUGGAUGAUCGAGGAAUCCAAUUCAAGUUUGUGGAAACCAGAAAACCUCUGCAGUUGCCUAGAAGAAUUACUCCACCGUAUAACGAUUUGCGUCGAGAGAAAAGAACUAAGGAAUUAUUUUAUUCCAUCGAACAAUAUGAUGGAUACAAAGCCCUCCGACGGACUUGCUGCACUGCUGGUAGAGCUGACAAAAUUUCAAAAGAUAGGACACGAAAAAUGGAAGCCUAUAAUGAAAGCAAGAAUUGAUGAAAAAGAUGAAAAUGACAUAUACUUUUACCACGUACAAAUAAACGCUUUGUCUACUGUGCGGCAUUACAUAAUUAACCUGCUUUCGACCACAAACAAUGCGGAAUUCGUCAUGUGUCUCAAACACAUUAACCAGAGCAUUGCUUUUGCUAUUGAACAAAAAUUAUCGGUUGAUAUAUGGGCAAUUUUUCAAGUGGAAGUCGACACCAUUCAAAGAUUUCAUGAACAGUUUAGUAAGAAAGGCAGACCAUACAACGAUUCCUUGAUGGACGAAAGGGGGGAAUCAUCAUCUCAAGAUAUGCAAAUGGAAGCGAAUGACAAAUUGACUGUUUGGUUGAAGAGGCAGAGAAAGAUGUAUUUUAGUUCCGGAUGCUCUGAAUUGGCCACAUGGUAUUUAUAUCAGGGGCGAUAUACCGAGGCGAGGGAGGUUGUGGAAGAACUUUUGUCAAGUUAUAACGACAGUAUUGUUCAUUACACAUUCCAUAACCGGGACAAAAAACCAAAAGACUCCAAUUAUGAUAUGAUGUUCCCAAGGCCAAGUUUGGAAGAAACACUCCGAAAGUUUAUAUCUUUUGACGCGAUUUUCUUGCCUAUUUUAAAGUCGCUGUAUCCGGAAUCGAUCCAAACCGUUCUAGAGAAAACUGGCACUGUUCUGUUUGUUAGUCCACUAUUUUACUGUAACUUGAUCAAGUUCCAUUCGUAUAAGGCAGAGGGGUGCGAUGCGGCUUCCUCCGAGGUAGCCAAACAACUCAUGGCGUUUGCCAAAACUGAUCAGAGUAUUACAGUCAUGCAAUUAGCGUCCGCAUGUGUUGCGAUGGUAUAA